UAACUGAACGUCCCGCCCCCUCUCUCUCGGCAAUAACGCUGAUUUAGAGUAUCCCGUCCUAGGCGUUCUGUCGAGAGACGAGGACGCCUGCGAACGAGGUUACUGCCCUACAGAAUGUAGCUUCCAGCACACCGCACACGCAACUGAUAGGACCCUUGCUCUGUGCUCUCAAUCCCCGCGAUUACCCGUUUACCGCCGACUGCCUGCUAACCCAGGCAUGGCUGAUGGUUGUAGGCAAUUAUGGCUUUGCGACAUUAUACCCUUGACUUCAAGCUCUCUGCCCCAGCUGACUGUACUUCGACAGUCCAUGGUCUACAGUCCAUAUUUCAGGAGCAGGAAAUGACAGAGACUGUCCACGACACAGAGGGACACGGCCACCUGGCUACCUUCGUAGGCAAAAAGGGAAGAUUUGUCGUUCUGCGUGUGCACACGCACGGGCUGGUCACUGUUGAUCUCCAGUGUUACGAAGGCGACGACAGCGCUCAAGUAGACAAUCUUUUAAAUGCACUGGAAACAAAGUUAGAGAACCUUCUACGAGGCAUUAUUACCAGAGUCAAAAGACUCCCAGCUAUCAGCCGCGGGGCCUCCGUGGACCGCUACUGGCCCACUGCGGACGGGCGGCUGGUGGAGUAUGACAUCGACCACGUGCUGUACGACAAGGACUCGGCCUAUCAGAACAUCAAGAUACUACACUCGCAGCAGUUUGGGAACAUGUUGGUCCUCAAUGGGGACGUCAACAUGGCAGACAGCGACCUGGCCUACACCCAGGCCAUCAUGGGCGGCGGGCGGGAGAGCUACGAGGGGAAGGAGGUCCUGAUCCUGGGUGGCGGAGAUGGAGGGAUCCUGGCCGAGACGGUCAAACUGAAGCCAAAGAUGAUCACCAUGUUGGAGAUCGACGAGGCGGUUAUCGAUGGCUGCCGACAGCACAUGAGGAAGACGUGCGGAGACAUCUUGGACAGCCUCACCGGAGAUUGUUAUCAGGUGCUGGUGGAGGACUGCGUUCCUGUGCUCAAGAAAUACGUGGAGGAGGGGCGGACCUUCGACUAUGUCAUCAAUGACCUCACGGCGGUCCCCAUAUCGACGUUGCCUGAAGAAGAUUCAACGUGGGAGUUCCUGCGUCUCAUUUUAGACCUGUCCAUCAAGGUGUUGCGCCCCAGUGGAAAGUAUUUCACACAGGGUAACUGUGCGAACCUGACGGAGGCGUUGGAUCUGUACGAAGAGCAGCUGCAGAAGCUGUCCUGUCCUGUGGACUUCAGCAAGGAGGUGGUGUGUGUGCCCUCUUACAUGGAGCUCUGGGUUUUCUACUCCGUGUGGAAGAAGUGAGUCACUUCUUCAGUGGGAGCUCCAACAGAAUGUGAAGAACCCCCUCCCCCUGUCCCCAAGCUGCUCUAGUUCCUCCCUAGUGAGAGAGAUGGCACUGUUUUACCAAGCUCCCCUCAAAUGUUAGUCCCACCCCAAGAACAACUACAACAGUGAUUGUUUGGUUUUUACCAUUUUAUGUUAACGGUUCUUCAUUUACUCUGUGCUUCCUGCACUUCUACCUUCGUUGAUUUGCAUGUGUUCCGGCCGUACGAGCAUAACUCGACGCGCACCUCGAUAAGAGUGGUAUCGGUAUGACGGUACCAAAAACAUGUUCCUCCCAAUACUACUACGACCCACUGUACACUGUACCAGUAGCGGACCCACUCUGCCCCAGCCACGGUCCCCUCGGGGUUCCCCCAGUGAGUGCCCGUGAGACUGUGACACCUUCAGCCUCACGCGCCCGGCGGCGGCAUCAGCGUAUGGGCGGGGGUUCCCCGUUGGGUUAGGUUCCUCGGGGACCUGAGGCUUGAGUCGAGUAUUAAGUCCUCAGGAUGUCCCUGUCCCGCCGCCGCCGCCGCCGCCACCGCAGCCCAAGAGACAAAAGCGUUUGAUUAUUUUUGUUAAAGGGAAAUGGAUGGUUGUUGGAGAAUAUACUUUUGUGCUUGCGUUGGUUUUUAUUGAAUGUUCUUUGUUACUUGGCACCUUUUGUUCCUCCUGCUGGAUUCCAUUUGUUUUCUGCUUAAAUCUUUUUAUUUUUUUUCUUUGAAUUUGACAGAGGUGGAUUUAGCUUGCUUUUACCAUGGGGUCCAUUGUUAUAUUUAUUUAUUCAACAACAAAUAUGGUUUUAUACAGUUUGUUGAACAGUGGCCGACUUCACCUGAAGUAGAGAAGGGUGUUGACUGCUUUUGUCCAAAGUAAUAUGAAAAUAAAUGCCUGCAGUACCAGUGUGUCUGAAGUGUCAUCAGAUUCAUAUACCGCCACACCAGUACUCCAUGAAUUAAAUAUUAUGUAUAGCAUUUUUUUUUUAAAUAUAUAGAUCUAUGUCUUUAGAAUCAACACAAAUACUAACACAAAGAAAUGUCAUUGUGCUCUUCGACAAUAGAGGGUAUCACGAGCCAAGAAGAAAUACCAGUAGAGAUUGUUCACCUUGAUCGUGAAUGUAUCAACGAUGAUGGUUAUUUGGCGUGCAAUCAGAGACAUGGGAAAUAUUUCCCAGGGUAAAUUCCCCCCUUAUCUAAAAUGUAUAGGGUAUAUAUUGUCUUUUUCUGCAUCCAUACGACAGGCUUCAAGCUCCACAACCGUAACCACAAAAACAAGUUGGAGGUGACGUCCUGAAGUCUGUUUGUUAUGACGACGGGCUCCGGACUGCAGCCGUGUUCAGAGGUUGUGUUGGUGGUCCGUCCCGUUGAGGAUCACGUCUGAAUUGAGUGCCUCGUCUGCUGUGAUCUCUCGGUCAGUGAGUCGACUUUCUGCAACCAAAAAUACAAUUUAGGUUCCUCAAAAUACAGUGGCCUUUAUUCUUCUUUAAAUAGAGACG